CGCGUGACGUACACGUGUUUGGAUCACUUCCGGUUAGAGAGAGAGGAGCUGACUGUUCGGGUUAUUCCACUUUAUUAUGAGUUAACGCUCUUACAGGGUGUGGCUGAGGUGAAGGGCGGAGUCAGGAGGCGGGUCUUGGAAAGAUGCCGUCCAAUAAAAGCGUGUCUGAUGCCUCGAUCACUCAGUUUGUCAACUGUAGGAUCCUCAGAGACCACCGUCUGGAGAGGGAGGACCUGUGGGUGCGUGAUGGGAAGAUCCUGAACCCAGAGAAGCUGUUCUUUGAUGAAGAAGGUUUUGCAGACCAUAAAGUUGACUGUGGGAAUAAAAUCAUCGCCCCCGGGUUCAUCGAUGUUCAGAUCAAUGGUGGAUAUGGCAUUGACUUCUCGCAGGUCAGUGAUGACAUCACAGGGGGCGUGGCCCAGGUGGCCAAGAGGCUUCUGGAACACGGUGUCACGUCCUUUUGUCCCACGCUGGUGACGUCUCCUCCGGACAUUUACCACCAGGUGAUUCCUCAGUUGAAGGUGAAGGAUGGAGGAGCAGACGGAGCCGGAGUCCUGGGUCUUCAUCUCGAGGGCCCGUUUAUCAGUGAGGAGAAGAGAGGCGCUCACCCUCCUCGGUUUCUCCGCACCUUUUCGAAAGGGGGCGUGGCCGACCUGUAUGAGACCUACGGGCAGCUGGAGAACGUUGCCAUGGUUACUCUGGCCCCGGAGCUCCCUAAUAGUGGCCCGGCGAUCUGUGAGCUCGCACGCAAGGGCAUCGCAGUUUCCCUGGGUCACUCCAUGGCCGAUCUGUCUCAGGCUGAAGAGGCCGUCCUGCAGGGGGCGUCCUUCAUCACACACCUGUUCAAUGCCAUGCUGCCGUUCCAUCACAGAGACCCGGGCAUUGUGGGAUUGCUGACGAGUGACCGUGUGCCUGGAGGCCGCACUGUGUACUACGGUAUGAUCGCUGACGGCAUACACACACACCCUGCUGCACUGAGGAUCGCUCACAGAGCUCACCCUGCAGGGUUGGUGUUGGUGACUGAUGCAGUUCCAGCGAUGGGGCUUCCUGCAGGACGACACUCACUGGGACAGCAAGAGAUUCACAUACAGGGUCUACACGCUUACGUAGCAGGGACUAAGACACUGAGCGGCAGCAUCGCCACAAUGGACAUGUGUGUGAGACACUUCAAACAGGCCUCCGGAUGCUCGGUGGAGGCAGCGCUGGAAGCUGCGUCUCUACAUCCGGCUCAGCUGCUGGGGAUCAGCCACAGGAAGGGGACGCUGGAGUACGGUGCAGACGCAGAUUUCGUGGUGCUGGACGACUCCCUCUUGGUCUGGGAAACGUACAUCGCGGGUGAGCUGGUCUGGAGGAAGUGACAUCACCCUGACUCCGCCCUCUGAUUGAGUGGUUCUGACUUCAUAACAUUUCAACAGCACACACACAGGACACACACACACACAGGACACACACACACUGCUCCCGUACCCAGGACGUGUGGUGGUGAACAUGAAGAGUUCGGACACUUCACACGAUCAGUAUAUAUAUAUAUAUGUGUGUGUGUGUGUGUGUGUGUGUGUGUGUGUGUGUAACUGUGCGCUUCCCUAACUCUGGAUCACUUCAGUCUAAGUUCUGAUUUCAAGGCUGCUUCUGUAUACACUGUGAGAAUGAUCUGAAGUGUGUGUGUGUGUGUGU